UUCCUCAUAAACGCGUCGGCGGUGUUCCCUGUCGACCAACAACAACAUAAAAAAAACACAAGGAUAGAACAAACAAUUAAAUAAGAAGUGAAGAAUUAUUUGAACCAGAAACUAAACAGUAUUUGUAAUAAAAAAAAAUAAUACAAGGAAAAUAAUUGAAACUUUAAUUACGGAACUGAAGAUGUGAACUACUGUGAUUUUGUUGUUUCUGUUUUUUGUUAGAAACAAGUGCAAUAAUUGUGAGUGUAGGGAGGAAGAUUAGUAAUAAAAACAAAACAAAAAAGGUGUACGUAUUGUCCAUAUAUAUUUUUUGUUUUGUUUUGAUCGAAGUGCGCGUAAUUAAAACGUGCAAGUGAACAUCAAACAAGCAACCCUUCCGAAAAGUUUGUUUUUUUUUUGCAUUCUGCACGGCGAUCGUUCUCAUUGGGAUUAUCGCUUUGGGAAAGUGCAGCGAGACCAACAAAGAAGGACGCACUCGAGACAUCAUCCAGACCACCGGGCUCCGGCAGUUUUUCGUUCACUCCUUUGCAGAGGUGUCAUGCUGAAGACCGCAGUUGCCUCAUCUCCGCGUGGCCUCAACGGAUAAGGUGGUUCUUUGGAGGUCAUGUUGGGCAACCCCGCUGGGCCCGGGGGGGCUGUGCAAAGGGCCGGUCUCUGGCCCUUGGCCCCAGCUCCGGCCCCGGCUCCGACAGGCGCAAACUUUUCGGCCGACGGGUUCGGAAAGUACGGGCUGUACUCGCUGUUGCCGGGCGCGUCAGCAUUUGGAAAUGCGACGUACUCGCACUGCUCCAUCGGGCGGCUGACGACGGGGGCGGCAGCCGCCUCCAUCCAGCCAUCUUCCGCGACCGCAUUCCAUGCCACGCAUAAAGACUCUUUGUUCGCGUCGGGCUACACUCUGGGGGCGCCGACACCGCCGCCCGGCUCUCCGUACUCCCCGGUGCCGGUGACUCAGCUGGAGUUUCUCACCAAGGGCUUCAACUCGAACAUCAUAAUCCAGCAGCCAGAGUUCUCGCCUUCUCCCACGAAGAAACACCAGAUCCAGAUCCAAGAGGUGCCGACGAAGACGACGAUAACGCCACCGUACUCCGUGGACGCGGUGGCUAAGUGCUGCGGCCGCUCGGUCAAACUCUGCAGCUGCCACCUUCACGUGAAGACGCCGAUGCUGGGGGGUUGCAGCCGCACCAACCCCCUCGAGUGGAGCCCAGUCAGUGUCAAGAAGGAGCCCCCCGCGACGCCCUGCCAGGUGGCCGAAAUCACGACGAGCGGCGAAACGCCCCUGGUCAAACUCGAGGUCGCCUCCCCGAACAAUGGCAAUAUUAACAAGGAGACGAUCAUCGCUCCUCCGAUUGUGACCACAAAUGGAAACAUACCGGUCGGAAUUGCGGUUGCCCGACAACGGAUCCAACACAAUGAGGUCGUGUCUUCGCCGUCGCUUCCACCUGCAGGUCUUCUGACCACCGUCAACACGACCCACAUCAAAGAAGUCGCGAGGAUUUCGGAAAUCGAUGCUGCUGGCAUGGCUGCGGCGACGGGGGGCGUACCCACGACGGGCGGGACUCUGUUCCACUGCUCCGACGAGAGGGCGUUUCCAGGGUGGCCGAUGGGCAGCGCACAUGGUGGCUCCACCCUCGCGGCGCCCACCCUCUGGCAAUAUCCCGUAUCCCCGAUGCCCGUUGAACCUCUGAUGUCAAUGCCGAUGCCGCCCGUUGGAUUCCAAUUGGUCCGGGACCCGAACACGGGCGGACUCCUUCUGCUACCUCCGGCCGAGCAAUUGCAACAGACGGUGGUGUGGCCAAGUUACCAUCAGCCAUCUUCGCACGUGCUGCUGCCACCGUUCCAUCCACCACCCCUACACUUGCUCAGCUCAGCCUCAUCAGACUACCUCCAAACCAGUACUACGCUGCACCAACACACACAAACCCACAGUACAAGACUUUUGGCCGUUACAACCGAUACCACCAAGAGGAAGAUCCCCAUGCCCAUCCCUACGACAACCCUGAUCAAGAUCGAAACGGAUGACCAAUCAAAGACCCUGCAGGCAGUCAGCACUAUUGCCACGAACACGCCUACAACAGUAUAUACAGACCAGAAUAUUGCUCCUUUGGUCACCACCCAUGUCAUAUACCAGCAUCCGACCAAUUUGAUUCUAUCAUCUCAAACGCAGGAGACCACCGCCUGCCGAUCGCAAGCCACCUCCCCCGUAGCUUGCCUUACUCCGCCUCCGGAAAUCAACCACGAAGAAGAAACUACCGUUCAGGAUGCAAGCAAUCAGACCGAUGCUCUCAUUGAGGAAACAACCUCGACCCCCGAGAAAACGUUAAUUCUGUCGACGGAACAACAAGAACCUGAGACGCCUGAGCUUAAAGUGGAGGGCGAUGAGAAUCAAGAAACAAUACCAGACGAACAACCUGACUUAAGCGGCCUAGAACUCUUAUCGAAUAGCAUAGAGGAGUUUGAAAAGUUGGAUGUUACGCAACCCCCAGUUCAGCCCAGCGAGACGGUUCAACUGCCAGCACAGUGUGAGGUGGUCGAGGGCAUCGCGCAAAUGACUCUCAAGGACAAAGAGAAAGAGGACUUAGGCGGCCUCGGCAUCCUCUGCGCGUUAGCCGAGCAAAGGAUCCUCGAAUGCGAGAGGGCCGAGCGGAAAAAGCGCAAAAGUAAGAAGCACCACGAAGAGCCAAGGUCCAAGAAACCGAAACCCACGUGCUCCUGCUCGCCCGAUCUCUCCAGAAAAGAAGAUCAGUACAAAACGUACAAAACCAAAGAGUCCGAGGAGGAGGUGAAGAAGUUUUUGGCGUCGAAAUCUCAACCUAUGUGCUGUAAAGGCGACUGGCCGUUUAUGAAUGCCAUGGAGUUGGAAAUGCGAAUGCGUUUAGCCGAUCUGCAACGCAAAUACCGUGAGAAGCAACGCGAGCUCAGCAAGUUGAAGCCUAAGAAGACUAGCAGCAGCAGUAACAACAAUAAUAUAAACACGACUGCCACUAACACUAAUAGCAAUACGCCUGCGACAGUAGCAACCAGCAACGAGAAGAAGCGAGCGCGCAAGAAAUCAACGACACCACCGCCGCCGCACUUGGACAAAAUUGAUCCCAUUAAGCCGAACACGAAGUCGAGUCACGAACUGCUCAAGCCGCCGACUCUCUGUCCGUACGAGACAAUUCCCAAAUCCUCCCCGUCCAAGAAGAGGAAAGUCGGCAGGCCAAAAAAGUUGCUCACCAUCUCUGGUUCGCCCACUUUGACGGAGACGAUCUUUGCGAAGAAACCGAAAAAGGGUAGCCUCGUUGGUUAUGUGUUAGCGGCCAAGGAGAAGCUUAUGCACAACUCGACACUUAUGCGAUCCGAGAGUCCGCCUCGAUUCGUCGACAAUGACGUUAAGAAGACGAAGAAAAUCAGACCUAAGCUCAAGGCGGAAGUAAAGCUACAAAGCGAAGAUGAGCAGGAUGAGGAGCAGGAGGAAGAUGUCGAAUAUAAUGAAUUUGAUGAGGAAAUAACACCUGUAGCUCAAUCAAAGAAAAUUGACAAUGAGGGCACGGAAUCGUUCAAGGAUUUGGAAAACAAUAAUGUGAUCGAGGAGAAGAAAGAGGAGGAAAUUGAAGAGAAUGAUAAGGCUGUGGUAAAAGAAGAAGUGCACAAUGAAGAAGAGGUGGAAGAAGCGGCAUGCGAGGAGGAGGACGAGGAUGAGGAUAAAAUUACGGACACGCGUUGCAGUUUAACGACCGAGCUGUUGGCUAAAGACAAAUUAAGAGUUUUAACUGCUAUGGGCGGACUUUUUUAUGCCGGAAAAUUGCAUGCGGUGCAGCCGCCCGACGUUUACUCUAUAACAUUGGACGGCGAAAGAGGCAACAAACCGCACAUCAUGUCUAGAGAGGAGAUACUCAGAGACGCAAUCGUGGAGGUUAGUCCGACUAGUACAUCCGAAUUGACAGCGGGAACCCGUCUAUGCGCCUACUGGAGUCAGCAGUACAGAUGUCUGUACCCGGGGAGCGUUGCCGAACCCGAAGUCGACGCCGACCCCAGUCUGGACUCUAGGUUCGUCUCUGUGGAGUUCGAUGACGGCGAUAGCGGAAGGAUAGCCCUGGAGGACAUUCGACUGCUGCCACCCGACUACCCCAUCAUAGAGUACGAUCCGAACCCGCUGUUGAGUUUGAGCAAGCGGCGCCGCCGCACGUCCACAACCGACGAGAGGCGGUCCAUCCAGAGCAUCACGCCCAUUCCGGAAGCAAAAGCGCUCUCCUCGACACCUACGGACGCUACCGCCGAGAGGCACAGGGAAAAAAAACGCAUGAAGAAGCGGAAGCGUGAAAAAAUGCUGCUUAAGGAGGACAAAAAGCGGCGCAAGAAGCACAAGUGCACGGACGACAAUUGCAAGCACCGAAAGCAUCACAAGAAGAGGAGGAAACAUAAGAGGCACCAUCAUAAGGAAUCUUCGCAUCAUGUACCUGUGGUGGAGGAACGAGAAGAAGAAGACCGAGAGGAGGUAGAGCUGGAGACGAUCACACACGUAGCUACGGUCGAAGAAGAGGAGGAAUUUGAGGCUGAAGCUGAGGAGGAGACGUCCAACCAGUUCGCAAAUCCGGAGGACGAGGUCACCAUGGACGAUAUCCUGGAAGCGGCGCAGAAUCAGCAACAGAACAAGAAGAUACGCGAUAGGCAGGAAUCGUGCGAAAGCAGGAGCAAAAUGAGCGCCUUCCUGCCGGCCAGGCAGCUGUGGGGUUGGUCGGGCAAGGGGUACAAACGACCUAAAGGCAAAGGCCGCUCACGGAAGCAGUUCUUCAAAGCCAUACAACGCGGCAAGGAAGCCAUAAUGGUUGGAGACUCGGCGGUCUUCCUAUCUACCGGCCGUCCGGAUCGUCCUUACAUCGGUCGCAUCGAGGCCAUGUGGGAGUCCUGCGGAACGAUGGUGGUUAAAGUCAAAUGGUUCUAUCAUCCUGAAGAGACGGUCGGAUGCCCACUGAACCUCAAAUACCCGGGUGCCCUUUUCGAGUCUCCCCACGUGGACGAAAAUGACGUGCAGACGAUAUCCCAUAAGUGCGAAGUCCUUCCGCUAAAGGAGUACACCACGAAGCUGGGUGACGAUCCCCGCAGCUACGAGACCAUCUACGACAACAAUGACAUUUAUUAUUUGGCCGGAAACUACGACCCUACCACGACCACCCUCAAAAUGGAACCGGAGAUUCCGUUCAACUGAAGCAAUAAUAUUACCUUAAUAAUACAAUAACUUUAAUAAAUAAUAGGACACGACAGAAACAAAAUAUUUAAUAAGUAAGAGGGACAGUGAAGAUUUAUGUUUUUAGACAGUGAUUUUUGGUGCUAACAUAUUUAUAUAUAUAUAUACAUACAUAUAUAUUUAGAGAAAGAGAUAGAGAGAAAGAGAAAUACGAGAGAUAUUUAUAUUAUUCAUAUAAUACUACUAUAUACAGAAAGGCAUAGGUUUAAGAGAAAAUUCGAGCAAAAGAUGAGAUCCGCACGCAGACAGUCAUUUUUUGGCGGGAACGGAUUUGCAAUGCGAAAAAUGAUACAAUCUUAAAUAAUAAUAAUAAGAAAACCCCUCCACCCUUUCCACACCGCGAGAACAUUCAAAAAUAAGUAAAUACUUUAGAUUAGUAACUUUUGGACUGCGUCGGGUGCCUAAACUUAAAAGAAAAUAAAAGAAAAAUAAACGAAAAGAAAAGAUUAAACUAUAUUUGAUAAAAGUGACCAAAAAAAUGACUGUUUACUUAUUUAUUAUACUUAAUUAGAAUCGGAGGAAGCUGACAGACGAUAGAAGCUACAACAUUUAUCUCUUCUCUCUUUGUGAAAAAAUAAAAUUUAAGCGCGAGAACUUCCAAAUAUAUAUCGCAUCCAAUCAAUUGAAUAAAACUUAGUCGUUAAGGGAUUUACCAGCAGCCGGAGGAGGCGAAGAUAGUUCGGACUGUUGUGCAAUUUAAUACGCAUAGAAUCUGAGCCAAUGCUCCGACAAUGCAGUAUAUCACAAUCUACUUAAAACUUUUAACAUAAAAUAUAUUAUUUUUUUCGAGCUUAAAAUAAUUAUACUACUACGCUUACUUACUAUUACUCUUUACGUUUAUCAUUAACAUUAUUAUUAUAUUAUUACAUGUUAUUCAUUACUUGUCAAAUAGUAUUUAGGUGUUGGAUUUACGCACGUUGCCGUUCGAAAAAAAGGACAGAAACGUCAUGCGACACAUUUUAUUUUCUGAUGCCGAGCGAAUAGAUAUGUAUUUUUUUAAUGUACUUAGUACGUGGAGAGAAAAAGAAGAGGAGAGAAAGAGUUUAUUACUACGACAAAUACAAACCGUGUAUUAUAUAUAUACAUAUUAUUACUACUAUUUUUGUUUUGUCUCACUAAUGGUUUCACUUGUUUAAAUGGUAAAUAACGAAAGAGAGGGUGCUAUGAUGCGACGAGCGGAAAUGAAACGGAAUAUGCCACUUCCGGUGUGUGAAUGUAUGUGCGCGUAUGCGUUUCACGAUUAUUUUUAUUAUUAGUAAGAC